AGCCUACUGCUUCCGGGGAGGAGGGGGGGGGGGGAGACUGAGGUGACCCCGGGAGCUGAGGCUGAACCUGAGGCUGAGGCCUCAGAAGCGGCAGCAGCAAUGGGUGCGCACUUGGCUCGGCGCUACUUUUGGGACGCGGAGGUGGAGCCCGACCCUUUGAAUAUGCCCACUUUCCCUCCGGAUUAUGGCUUCUCGGGUCGCAAGGAGCGAGUGAUGGUGGCCACACAGAAGGAAAUGAAUGAUGCACAGCUGAUGCUGCACCAUCGAGAUUACUGCGCACACCAUCUCAUCCGAUUCCUCAAGUGUAAGCGGGACAGCUUUCCCAAUUUCCUGGCCUGUGGCCAUGAGAAGCACGUCUGGGACCUCUGUGAGCACCAGGACUACGUGGGCCGCAUGAAAGAGUUUGAGCGGGAGCGGCGUUUGCUGGAACGACGGAAGCGGCGGGCCAAGAGUGAAUCUUCAGAGCCACAAUAGCCACAGUUAUAAAACCCAGCUCUAUCCCCAUAACCAUGUACCAGCUGGAUAAAUAAACAGUUUUGACCUUC